CCCCUCCUGAUUUCAUUAUCUUCCACACUCCACAGUUAUGGGAAGGAACCGGUUUGUACUGGACUGAUGUCAGGCAGGGAAAGGAGGUGAAGCGAGUGAGGAAGGGAGGAGGAAGGCACAAUAAAAAGGAGAUAGAAAACAAACACACUCACACAGCUCACAGUGUGCUGUGCACAGGGAGAAAGUGAGCCCUGGAGUCAGCAGCCGGAACAGCUGGGUUUGUUUUGCUGGCGGACUGAUCUCUAAGGACUUCCUUCACUCUGCUAUUCUCCUACCUCUCACUAUGCACAUAGGUACAAAUCAUGACAUUGAAGAUUGAAGUUAUUAAGUUUUGUAAAUAACAAUAAAUAAACCCACGCCUUAAAAUGACAUUCCAGAAACCACCAGACGGCGGAUGGGGCUGGGUGAUAGUCGUAAUAUCCUUCUUUAUCCAGCUUCUCUGCUACGGCUCGCCAUUGGCCGUUGGCGUUCUGUACGUGGAAUGGUUGGAUAUUUUUAAUGAAGGAAAAGGGAAGACUGCAUGGGUUGGAUCUCUGGCUGCUGGAGUUGGGCUACUUGCAUGCCCGCUAUGCAGCGCCAGUGUUUCGUCCUUUGGUGUGCGCCCCAUUACAAUCUUCAGUGGUUUUUUAGUAGCCGGUGGCCUUAUGAUGAGCAGUUUUGCGCCUAGCCUGUACUUUCUUUACUUUUCCUAUGGAAUUAUGGUUGGGAUAGGCUGUGGGUUAUUAUAUACAGCAACUAUAACUGUUACAUGCCAGUAUUUUGAAAAACGAAGAGGACUUGCCUUGGGUAUCAUUUCAACAGGUUCGAGUGUUGGGACUUUUAUUUAUGCAGGACUACAGAAAGAGCUUAUAUGUCUUUACGGAUUAGAUGGCUGUUUACUUAUUAUUGGUGCAUUAUCCUUGAACAUAUUUGCUUGUGGCAUUUUAAUGAGGCCUUUACAAAAAUCAUCUAGUGCUGCACCGGGGAAACCUUGUCUGGAAAAUGUUCCAGAUACCUACCUCAUUUACCAUGAAAAAGAACUUAACAUGGAAGAAAAUUUAGGUGUACUUGAAAAAAAAACAAAUAAAGAAUUAAUUGUUCUAUCCAACACUGACUGCAAGCAGGAAUCUUUUCUCAAUAAACAUGGAUUUACAAUUCUACAAGAAAAGAGUUUGGUAUCCAAAGGCGACUGCAAGCAGGAAAAUAUUCUUAAUAAGAAUGGAUUUACAAUUCUACAACAAAAAAGCUUGGUAUCCAACGGUGACUGCAAACAGGAAAAUAUGCUCAAUAAGAAUAGAUUUACAGUUCUACAAGAAAAUAGUUUGGUAUCCAACGGUGACUUUAAAAAGGAAAAUAUUCUUAAUAAGAAUGGAUUUAUAAUUCUUCCUUCUACGGAAAAAGAUAAUUUAACAAAUAAUAGUACAGAUGCACAUAUCUGUACGCAGUUUGCUAAAAAUAAUUGUCUCCGCUAUGUGGAGUAUUGGGGCCGUACCACGGACCUGUUUAAAAACAAAAUAUUUUCAGCACUUUUUGUUGCAAUUUUACUUUUAGGCAUUGGGGGAUUUGCUCCUUCACUUUUAUUAGAAGAUGUAGCAAAAAGUUCAAAUAUUGAUCCAGAAUCAAUGAUAGUGCCUUUAGUUUCAAUUACUGGUUUUAUGAUGGCCAUUGGAAAGCUUGUUUUAGGAUUCCUUGCUGACUUUAAAUGGAUAAAUACACUAUAUUUAUAUGUACUUACUUUACUAGGAACUGGGGUGGUCCUGAUUGCAGUGCCCUUUGCAAAGUCUUACCCUGCUCUUGCAAUUCUUGCUGCUUUACUAGGUUUUUUAUCUGGUAACUGGUCAAUUUUUCCAUAUGUAACAACAAAUACAGUGGGACUCGAUAAGCUAACGCAUGCCUAUGGGAUACUGAUGUUUUUUGCUGGACUUGGAAAUUGUCUUGGACCGCCUCUAUUUGGUUGGAUUUUCGACUGGGUACAAACGUAUGACAUUGCGUUCUACUUCAGUGGGCUGUGCGUUUUAUUCGGUGGUAUUUUUCUUUUAGUAGUGGCAUUACCACAUUGGGAUACGCACCUUACUAAAAAGUCAGGAUCACUUCAAAAAACCUACUCCUGUAAAGGAUCCUUAAGCAUUUAAUUUGCGUGAUAUUUAAUUUCGUUUUAUAUGCCUUGUAUACACGAAGAACAUUUGUAUUGAGUAUGAAUUAAUAACUCUUCUUUUAGUAAUUGUCAUAGUUUCAGGUAUUUACCAUCUUUUCCACCAUACAUAUUUUAAUAGUAUUAUACCAUUUAUUAUGCUAUACCAAGAAAGUCUUUGACACAAAUGUAUUGUCUCAGGAACACAUUGUCUGCACUGGAAAUAAACUGAAUUUUAGCCUAGAAUUUUGAAAUUUCAAGAGCUUUGUAACUAUGAUUAAAUCCAUGUUUAUUAAUGUCAUGACAAACCUGUGUUUUAUGACUCUCAUGCCUAUGUUAACUAAACGUAGUACAAUAUGGCAAAGUGUGAAUUUUUUUCUUUUGUUGUUAAAUACCUCUCUGCAAUAACUAAAGGUCAUCUUCUUAAAAAAAAAAAAAAACACAAUUACAAAAUGCCCUUGUUUUUUCCUUAUUAAAUAUUCAUUAGAGGCUUAUUUUAUAUUUAAAAUCAGUAAUAAAACCAUUUUUGUAUUGAAAA